AUGGCAACAGCUUCAGGUAUAUCAUCUCCUUUUCAAAUGGAGGGAGGUGAGAGCUAUAGGGUUUUCAAAUCUCUUAAUUUGGAUCCUCAACUCUUGUUCAACGAAAUUUUCAACACCGGCGACGAUUUGUUAAUCGAAACUUUCGAUUUCAUCUUCCGGGAAGCAUCUAUCAAGCUCAACCUUGAAGGUACAAAAAGGUCUCAACAUCUCAAACAGGGUAUCAAUGGCAUUCUACAAAAUGUUCAAUCUGUUGUGGAUCAAAAGCUUGCUGUUUGGGAGGAAUACUGCCUUUAUCACUGUUUUUCUCUCCCCCAAGAAUUUCAAAUGCCAAAUACUGAUGAUUUGGGUGGGAAUCACAUUGAUCUUGUGCCUACUUCCCCUCAAGAACUAGAUGCCGAGUUAGAAUCGUUGAGGAAAAAACUAGCUGAGGUGGGGAAAGAAUCGGAAAUGCUAAAUCAAGAAAUUCAGGCACUCCCGAAGCACUCUUCUCUCAAUGCUCUACAUAUCAAUGAGGCAGUUCAAUUACUUGAGCAAAACUCUCAGGAGGUUUUGACAACUGCACAAGAGCUUCGACGGAAGAUUGGAAAGCGAAACACCAACAUGAUUGAAGAGACCGAAGAAAUGAAAGCAAAACGUUUCAACAACAAUAAAAUGGAUACUUCUGCUAAAGGCCUCUCAAAUAUGAAAUUAGAAGAUCUUCAACGAUUUGUAACCCAGUUGGAGUGA